GGUUCUGAACGUGAAACCCUGUUGGAAACAGGUCCCUUGACCCUCGCCCUUGACAUUCAAAUGGCUGAAUGGAGGAGAGAUUGCUACUCGCACGUCUUGGGGCUCCUUUUUUUUCCCCCCCUCUCUCCCUCUCUGUCUCUCUCGCUCCUUUUUUUCUUUCAAAUGAGUAAUCCCUGAAGAUCUCAACCCCCCAAUUUCAUCACCCUCACCUCCCCCCUUUAUUUUUCUCGCGCUCCUCUCCGCGCUCCCGCCUGCUUCCCUCCGCUGUGCGCCCCCCUCCUUUUUUUAUUUGCAUCUCAAGUCCAAAAGGCAGAAAAUACACACGCGGCGGCGGAGACACCGGGCAGCCGUGGAGGCUCCGGCCCGUCUUCGGUCGUCAGUCACCUCCUUGUGGAUCUGCCCCGGGGCCGAGGUGGCCGACCCAACUGUCCGGGCGCUGGCCCAGGAGAGAGCCCUUCCAUCAUCUUAGGGAGGGGGGAAAAAAAAAAAAGAAAAGACAUUUUUCUCCGUCGCUCUCGGAAUCGCUCUUCUAUUUUAUUGUUUUGGACAUUUUUGAGCGCCUUGGCUCGGACGGCUCUUUUUGUUUCAUUGCUGGGUUUAAAAAAAAUUUUUUUUCCCCUAAAUCACCCCUCUCUGGCCACUAUGGAAUUCUAAUUUGAAUCAUGUUUGGAUUGAAGCCGCCUCUGUAUUACUUACCAGGCAUGAGCCAUGAGCCCAAGUCCCCUUCACUAGGGAUGCUUUCCACCGCGACCAGGACCACCGCCACCGUCAACCCCCUCACCCCCUCGCCGCUCAAUGGCGCCCUGGUGCCCAGCGGCAGCCCCGCCAGCAGCAGCGCGCUGUCGGCCCAGGCCGCGCCGUCCUCCAGCUUUGCCGCCGCGCUGCGCAAGCUCGCCAAACAGGCGGAGGAGCCCAGAGGGUCUUCACUGAGCAGCGAGUCGUCCCCCGUGUCCUCGCCGGCCACCAACCACAGCUCCCCGGCCAGCACGCCGAAGCGCGUGCCCAUGGGCCCCAUCAUCGUCCCCCCUGGGGGCCACAGUGUGCCCAGCACGCCCCCCGUGGUGACGAUCGCCCCCACCAAGACCGUCAACGGCGUGUGGAGGAGCGAGAGCCGGCAGGACACCGGCUCUCGGGGCAGCAGCAGUGGGCGGGAGCGCCUCAUCGUGGAGCCCCCACUGCCCCAGGAGAAGGCGGGGGGCCCAGCCAUCCCCUCACACCUGCUCAGCACCCCUUACCCUUUUGGCAUCUCCCCCAGCUCUGUGGUGCAGGACUCACGCUUCCCACCGCUCAACCUGCAGCGGCCUGUGCACCACGUGGUGCCCCCCAGCACCGUGACCGAAGACUACCUGAGGAGCUUCCGGCCCUACCACACCACUGAGGACCUGCGCAUGUCCUCCCUGCCUCCGCUUGGCCUGGACCCAGCCGCCGCCGCCGCCGCCUACUACCACCCCAGCUACCUGGCCCCGCACCCGUUCCCCCACCCGGCCUUCAGGAUGGAUGACUCGUACUGCUUGUCAGCCCUACGGUCCCCCUUCUACCCCAUCCCCACCCCCGGCUCCCUGCCCCCCCUGCACCCGUCGGCCAUGCACCUCCAUCUCUCGGGCGUCCGCUAUCCCCCUGAGCUCUCCCACUCGUCCUUGGCUGCGCUGCACUCGGAGCGGAUGUCCAGCCUCAGCGCCGAGAGGCUCCAGCUGGAUGAGGAGCUGAGGCGCGAGCGGGAGCGGGAGGCAGAUCGCGAGCGGGAGAAGGAGCGGGAGCGGGAGAAGGAGCGUGAGCGGGAGAAGGAGCUGGAGCGCGAGCGGGAGAAGGAGCGGGAGCGGGAGCUGGAGCGCCAGCGGGAGCAGCGGGCCCGUGAGAAGGAGCUGCUGGCGGCCAAGGCGCUGGAGCCGGCCUUCCUGCCCGUGGCCGAGCUGCACGGGCUGCGGAGCCACGCCGGCGAGGAGCGCGGCAAGCCCUCGGAGCAGCUGACCCCAACACGCCCAGAGAAGCUGAAGGAGGCCGGCCUGCAGGCCCCGAAGCCCGUGCAGCACCCCCUGCACCCGGCGCCCGCUGCGCACCACGCCGUGCCCGGCCUCCUGUCCAACCACAGCAUCUUCUCGCUGCCGGGCAGCAGCGCUGCCACGGCCCUGCUCAUCCAGCGCACCAACGAGGAAGAGAAGUGGCUGGCGCGGCAGCGGCGGCUGCGGCAGGAGAAGGAGGACCGGCAGUCGCAGGUGUCGGAGUUCCGGCAGCAGGUGCUGGAGCAGCACCUGGACAUGGGCCGGCCCCCGGCGCCCACGGAGGCGGAGCACAGGCCGGACAGCGCCAGGCCGGGACCAAACCGCCCAGAGCCGGGCAGCCGAGACCCCCCGCAGCACUUUGGCGGGCCCCCGCCGCUCAUCUCGCCCAAGCCCCAGCACCACUCUGUGCCCACGGGCCUCUGGAACCCGGUGUCCCUGAUGGACAGCAGCCUGGAGCCGCGGCGGGCCCCGGAGAGCCACCCUCUGCACGGCCACCCCGCCCCGUUCGAGCCCAGCCGCCAGGCCGCUGUCCCACUGGUGAAGGUGGAGCGCGUGUACUGCCAGGAGAAGGCGGAGGACGGGCCCCGGAAGCGCGAGGCCGCUGCCCUGGACAAGUACCAGCCACCCCCGAGGGAGGCGGCGGGCCUGGAGCACCAGGCCUUUCCUCACGGGCCCGGGCCCUUCCUGGCCGAGCUCGAGAAGUCCACCCAGACGCUCCUGGGCCAGCAGCGGGCCGCCCUCCCUCAGCCCGCCCCCUUCGCCGAGCUGGCCGGGCCGCUGAAGCCGGGCUCGCCCUACCGGCCGCCCGCGCCACGGGGCCCCGACCCGGCCUACAUCUACGACGAGCUCCUGCAGCAGCGGCGGCGGCUGGUCAGCAAGCUGGACCUGGAGGAGCGCCGGCGGCGAGAGGCCCAGGAGAAAGGGUACUACUACGACCUAGAUGACUCCUAUGAUGAGAGCGACGAGGAGGAGGUCAGGGCCCACCUCCGUUGUGUGGCUGAGCAGCCACCGCUCAAGCUGGACACGUCCUCCGAGAAGCUAGAGUUUUUGCAACUUUUUGGCUUGACCACCCAACAGCAGAAGGAGGAAUUGCUGACCCAGAAGCGGAGGAAACGGCGGCGGAUGCUGAGGGAGAGAAGCCCGUCGCCCCCGACGAUGCAGAACAAGCGGCAGACGCCCUCCCCGAGGCUGGCGCUGUCCACCCGCUACAGCCCCGACGAGAUGAACAACAGCCCCAACUUUGAAGAGAAGAAGCAGUUCCUGACCAUCUUCAACUUGACCCACAUCAGCGCUGAGAAGAGGAAAGACAAAGAGAAACUUGCUGAAAUGCUCCGUGCCCUGAAGCAGAAGGCACUGUCCGCAGCAGCGGCAGACCCACUCAGGAGCUCUCCGAGGGACAGUCCUGCUGUCUCCCUGAGCGAACCAGCCACGCAGCAAGCCUCUCUCGAGACAGAGAAGCCUGUGGGUGUCGCUGCUUCCUUGUCUGACGUCGCCAAGGCCACGGAGCCCGGGAGACUGGAGCAGCUCCGGCCCCAGGAGCUGUCGCAGGUCCAGGAGCCAGCAGCGCCCAGCGGCGAGAAGGCCAGGCUGAGCGAGGCCCCCGGGGGCAAGAAGAGCCUGAGCCUGCUUCAUCACAUCCGCGGCCCCACGCCCAAGGACGUCCCCGUGCCGCUGUCCCACAGCAUCAACGGGAAGAGCAAGCCGUGGGAGCCCUUCCUGGCGGAGGAGUUCGCGCACCAGUUCCACGAGUCUGUGCUGCAGUCCACCCAGAAGGCCCUGCAGAAACAUAAAGGGGGCGCGGCCGUGCUGUCUGCCGAGCAGAGCCACAAAGUCGACGCGUCCGUCCACUACAACAUUCCGGAGCUGCAGUCCUCCAGCCGGCUCCCUCCGCCCCAGCACAACGGGCAGGAGGUCCCCCCCGGGAGGAAGGGCCCCCUCACGCAAGAGAUGGACCAGGACUCCGAGGAGGACGAAGACGACGGAGAGGAGGAGGACGACGAACCCCCCAGGCGCAAGUGGCAAGGGAUCGAGGCAAUCUUCGAGGCUUACCAGGAACAUAUAGAAGAGCAAAACCUGGAGCGGCAGGUGCUGCAGACGCAGUGCCGCAGGCUGGAGGCCCAGCACUACAGCCUCAGCCUCACGGCCGAGCAGCUCUCCCACAGCAUGGCGGAGCUGAGGAGCCAGAAGCAGAAGGUCGUGUCGGAGAGGGAGCGGCUCCAGGCCGAACUGGACCACUUGAGGAAGUGCCUUGCGUUGCCUGCCAUGCACUGGCCUAGAGGCUACUUUAAGGGAUAUCCUAGGUGACGGUUUCCCUUACACUAGGCCGAACCUAUAGUAUAGAAAUAUUAUCUAUUUUAUUACCUUGAAUAUUUAAUAUUUUUCACUGGGAGGUUUGAAGCUUAAAAAACAAACACGAGAAUGUGCCAUGCAUGAAGCAAAGGGUCCCAGGCUCCAGAAGAACGGACUCGCCUUGACUUCGAUGCAGCUGAGUCACCUUUGUCCGCCAGCAAGCCACCGACGUAGGACGCCCCUAGUUCUUUCUCCUAGAGGUGGUUUCACCCUUCCCCCAGCAUUCUUUCUGGAUCUGAAAGCGAAGGCUCCCGUACCAACACUAAGCCCCGGGCGCCCGAGUGGGUGAGAUGGAGCGCGUCCGUCCCUGGUGUGGCCGGCCCACGCGCCCCGAGACCCCGCUCGGCCUCGCUCCUCCCCAGGACCGAGACCCGCUUCAGUGGGAAGAAGGUGGGCCACGUCUCCGGUAAAGGGCUUAUCUGUUUGUUAAUUUUCUGCGAAAUUUCUGAAGCAGCGGGUCCUGGGAGCGCACAGAGCAGCAGUCCCGAAGCCUCACGCACAGGCUUCUCCCCAGAACAGCUCGUCUACAGCGCACGUUGGCGAACGGGGACGCGCAGAGCCCCGUGCACACGCGCUCGCCGGCCGCUCCUGCACGGGGCUGUGUUUUCAUACAGACGCAAAUUUUGAGAGAAAAGUCAAAGGUGCUUCAGCCUUGUACUGUGUAUAUAUAUUAAAAAACAAAGUUUUGUAUGUUUUUAUUACUUUAUUGUUAUAAAAAGCCUGCCAUUUUUAAUAUGUGGUCCGGGGGGAUUUUUGUUUUCCUGUUUGGGGGUUUUGUUUUUUUGCUUUCAUUUUUCUGGGCAAAAAAACUUGCUUUUAGUGUUUGUACUGCUGCUGGUCAGGACAUUAAAAUAUUGAAGUGUUUUUAAAAAUUAAAGAAGAAGAAAAGUAAAAGAGCUUACCACUGGCGCCUACCGCUCACUUCAUUUUGAGUCACACGGGAAGGUGAGGUGCUUCUGUCCCCACCCCCGGCUCCGGGCAGCAAGAAGCGCCCAGUGCUGCUGAAGAGGGGCUCAGCCCCAGGCGGGGGCGAGCAGGGCCACGCAUGUGCGCGUGUGCGUGCACGUGCACAUGCGGCUCUGUUGAAAGGCCCGGUCAGGGAGGGAGCCUACAGCUCCCUGUAGGGUGUCCUACAGCAGUCUGAGAACAGGUGCAAAGUAGAAACUUUAGAAGCUUUAUCUAGAUGCAAAGCUUUGUAAAAGCCUAAAAGUAGGGUAAACCACAUCUGAGCUGAACUUCUCCUCCUGAGCUCUGUCAGGAGCGCAGGAGCGGCUAAUAAGUGGCACUGCCAUCUCCGUGCAGAGCAGCAUGUCCCCCCGACCCCGCUUCGGCUCACUCAGGCAGUGUCUAGUCGCUCCGGCAGGGAAUCCAGCCCAAGCCAGAGGCCAGCGCAGCCAGCAGCCGGUCUAUCGGGGAUGGGGGUGGAGGCAAGAAUCCUCAUGGCCGCUGUCCCCUUCACCCUGGGUCAGGGGACGGACUGGCCGACCUUCAGGAAGGCUCUGCGCCGCGAUCAUCAGCCGCGCCCCCAGCCCCAGCCCUCAGCUGUGCAGAACAGCUUGCUGGCAGAUGGCACUGUGUUGCUCUAUCUGUCCCCACACCGUUUGCUUUGUGCGUCUGCCAAGAACCUUCCAGUUAUUAGCAAACUCAGACGAGAGUGCCGCCAGUAUCAGCAGCAAACAAGCGCCUUCCUCGCCACAAAAAUGACUUGGAGAGAACGAAGGCCUGUUCUGGGGGCCUCCUCCCCGGCAAGGACAGGGAGAGCAGCAGUUGCACAGGUGGGGACAGGCGUGCACAGGGAGCGCUGCAGCCGUCAGGCAGGGGAAGCAAUUACUGAGUCUCGAGGCGGCUCGCUACUGCCAGUCCGCCACUGGAGAGUCCGAUCUCAGCGCCUCACUCUGUCCCCAACCGGCCCAGGAAAGGCCUGGAAGCCCUGCUCAUCAGCGUGGCAAUGGCCAGAGCGAACAGGGAGCACAGCCGAGCCCUUCACCAGCCAGGGGACGCGGAGGUUCUCCGCACUGGGCGAGGUCCUGGGGUAAAGGGAGGAAGCACCUGGGAGGUCUGUGCGCGCGGGCACACGCCGUGUCCCUGAGCCAGCACUGCCCCUGUCCCUUCCGACGGAAACCGCCACCUUGCCCCUGCCCUCCUGCUUCCGUCCCUCUGCCUCCCGCUCUUGAUCUGUAAUAAGACAAUCAGAAUAUAACCCGUCAGGUAGCGUGAAGAAACGCAGAGAAAGGCAAGGAAGCAUCUUUAGAAAACUAGAGUGUCCCACUAAGACCUGGCGCCCAGCCACAGUGUCCGCGUGGUCAUUCUCCGACGACGCGGACCGCACAGCGGCACCCGAGCCUCUGCGGUUCAGGUGUGCAAUCUGACACGCACACUCUCUGGAGCUUUCUGUGAGGCCCAUUCACACAGGGCUUAGGAGACGAGGCGGAGCGGCACAGCAUGCUCACUCCAGAGUGGCCGUGCCGCCCGUCCAUGCUCUGUGAGCUCCUGCCUCGCGGCCCCGCCCGCCUGCCACCCCUGCUGUCUCUCCCGAAGGGCACCCCGCGAAGCCCCGGUGUGGGGCUCCACGCGCAGUCAGGUCACUAGAAGCAGACCAGAGCCCCCCACACUCGGCGCUACAGAACCUCCCUUGGAAAUGUUCUGUUUCGCAUAAUUAGAGCCAAAUGGACCUAAAACAGGGUCCCGGUCCACUGUCCCAGACAAGUGGCGAGAAGGGACCUGCCCGUUCUCGCCUGCAGAAAGCACAGGCUCAGCACCUACUUGGCGUUGAGAGUCCAACAGCGACCGUCCGUGAGGAAGUUCCAGGAAUAGGAAACGGCGCGCACACGGGCAGCGGCCGAGAACUACGACAGACCUCAAGUUCGUGUGAGGGACGGUGUUCGCCUCAAGUAGCUCCGUGGCACUGCCAAAUCUCAAAAACCCGACGUCCACCCCAGACCCUCCGAGCGGUUUUAAGUAGGAAAUUCCAAGGAUCUCCCACAAGAUGGAGGGUCAGCACAAGCCCAUCCUGUCCCCUUAGGUGCGCAUUAGCCGCUUAGCAGCCAUCCCCGCGCUCCCCGAGGAAACCAGCUCUGGCUUCCUCCCCACCCGCCGUGGUCUGUCUGUCCCAGCUGUCUGACCCAGCGCUUGAGCGAGACUCUGAUCUCUGCCUUGACCCAAGGAAGACCGCGCUAACUGGUUGUCACUUGGUGUGUGCCCUGUGCUUGAGGGACAGCAGCAGAACCAGCACACGGGAGGGAAGAGGAAAGCCUCGGUCACCCUGGGGGCGGUUUAGAUGCUGUGAAAUUAAACCUGUUCUAAGUGUACUUGUUUGAAUUAACUGUAUUGUAAUAUUAUUUGUUGA